AUUCCAGGAGCUGCAGAUGUCAAGCUGCAGACGUGGGGAGGAGGAGGAGGAAGUCUGAAUACUUUCAGAACAAACUGACUCGAGCAGCUGCACAGUGAAAGCUAACAACAAUCCUGUCAGAUUCUACCCUGCUGAUCCAGACUCCAAGAAAGGUAAAGAAUCACAAUGAAGCUUGCAGUGUUUUGUUUGUGCCUGAUAGGCAUGACUUUUGCAUUACCAGUGAGUAAAUCCAACCAUCAUGCCAUCUCAGAGAGCUCUGAAGAAAAACAUAACCCUUCUGAAUCAGCCAGUGUAAGUAAUGAAGAUGAUGGUGAUCAUGAUGAUAACGAUUCCAAUGAUACGGAUGAAUCAGAUGAGAAUAACGUCACCGAUUUUCCCACUGAUGCCCCAAUAACAACACCUUUCACUCCUGCCCUCCCCACAAGGGGAGAUAAUUCAGGCAGAGGAGAUAGUGUGGCCUAUAGAAUGGGAGCAAAAGCAAAGUUACUAGAAGUAUACCAUAAGGAGAAGCCUAGCAAACUCUACAAAUCUUCAGGAAAGUUCAUCGUAUAUGAUGUCACAGAAGAAGAUGAUAGCACACCAGACAUAGAAAGCCAGCAGGUUGAUUCCUCCAAGAGACAACCAGCAGCACACCACUUUCCAGGGAAAUCUAACAUUAGCAUGAAAUUGAAUGACAAAAAUAAUGUGCAGGGCAGCAAUGAAGUAAGCAGCAGAUCACAUGAUAAGAGCAUGGAAAAAGACAGCCAACAGCAGCUUGACAGUGUAGCUGUGGACAGCAACAACAGCAAAUCUGAUGUCACAGAAGACAGUCACAUGAGCAAUGAAAGCACAGAACAGCAGCAAGUCCAAACUGAGUAUCUGCAACAGAUUGAUGAUGUCCCUGAAGGCAAUGAUAACAGCAAUCAAACUUCUGAGAGCACUGAAGACAUUCAAGACCAUAACAGCAUUGAAGACAAUGAAAUCAUUCUUUGAAACGGGUGAUUUUUUUGUUUGUUUUAGUUAAGGGGAAAGGGAAACAGAUUCAUUUCAAGAAUUGUUUGCAAUUUCAAACACAUCGUGAUUUUAAUCUCCAGUUAUAGCAGUGGUUAGUGGCAACUUUAUUAACCAGGCAAACUCAAGUAUGCAUUAUUAACUCUCCACAGAAAUGUAAGCCCUUCUACUGCGUAUUUUACUGUGCUACUUGAUUAUGAUUCUAUUAUAAAGGAAAAUAUAGAAAAGCAACACAAAAAAAGUUUUACACACAAAUGAAUGUUACCUGUUAUGAUACUGUACUUUAACAGUUUUCGAAUUCCAGUGUAUAUUUUGUUGUAUUUUGUGAGGUCAAUAAAACUACAAAACUCUGUACAUCUUUA